AUGGCCAGUGACCCCUAUGGGGAACUCAGUGAUACCUCGGUGGACAGCACAGAGCAAGGUUAUAAUGUCACCGUAAACGCAUCAUACGAAGGUUUUGACACAGUAUCCUUUUCAUCCAAAGGAUGUUCCACUAGCACCUGUGGAGGACUGGUGAAACUUCAGAAUUUAUUUAUGGAAGAAAACUUGGGCUGUGCAGUUGUAGGUCUCACAUGUACCUAUGCGACCUUUCAAAUUGUCUCGCUGGAUACAUUUUUGGACAUUCCCAUGAUCUCUGCAGGAAGCUUUGGGUUAUCCUGUGAUUAUAAACCCAACUUGACCAGGAUCCUACCCACAGCUAGGAAAAUCUCCAGCUUUUUCUUAGCACUCUGGGAUGACGAUAAGAUUGUGAAGACGUGUAAGUGGGACUCAACUUACAUCUACAAAAAAAAUGAAACCUCAGAAUCCUGUUUCUGGCACAUUAAUGCUUUGGAAGCUGGAUCAGCUGCAUUCUCUAUGGGUUUAGAGGUUAAGGAAAUCAUCCGGGAUGCAAUGAAAUUUAAGAAGAUAGUGAAUGACCCAGCAAGGAAGAGUAAUGUGAUAAUAUUGUGUGGGACAAGCAGUGACGUUGAGACAUUAGUUCAGGACGCUGAGCUGGACGAAGAUAUUGUCAUCAUUCUGCUGAACCUGUUCAACCACACCUACUUACCUGAAGGAGAUUCAAUGGACUACAUGAAGCAAGUACUGGUGGUCACCCUGCUCCCUCCAGAAGGGACCAAUGACAACCAAACGGAAGACAAUGACUACCUUAGGGGCUAUUCUGAGGCUGUUAAUCUCUUUGGUUCUGUUCUCAAUGAUUAUCUGAAGAGGAAUCAGACCCCAACACGGGAUGACUUCCGUCAAAGUUUUCGUAAUACCUCUUUCAAAGGACUCAAUGGACAACAAGUUUACCUGGAUGAAUUUGGAGACCGAGAGAUUACCCUAACUGUUCUAAGCACUUCAAUCAAGACAAUCAAAUACCAAAAAUGGUUCACCUUUGACACCCGGAAUAACAAUACAAAUAUCACUCUGCUCAAUCCUGAUUUCGCGUGGAUACAAGGGCUGCCCAGCAGCAAGCCGAAAGCCACUCCAGGUAAUCGAAGGUUGAUGGUUGCAGUGAUAGGUCUGACAAUCACGGUGGUGGUGGUUACGUUGAUCGCAAUGGUUGUACUGCAAAAAUACAGAAUGGAACGGAAAACCCGUUUGAAGAAAUGGGCGCACAUAUCUAGUGAUCAAAUUGUACCACUGGAAGUAGCUGAGCACAGCUGCAUCAACCUAAAGAUUGAAGAAGACAAGAGAAAAGAUAACUUUGUGCCAAUAUUGAGAGCAAAAUAUGACAAAAAGAUUGUUAUUUUGAAGGAACUGAAACAUAAAGAUGGCAACUUCACUGUGAGGCAAAAGAUUGAACUCAACAAAUUGCUCCAAAUCGAUUACUAUAAUUUAACCAAAUUUUAUGGAACGGUGAAGAUUGACAUGGAGAUAUUCAUGGUGAUUGAGUACUGUGAGCGAGGAUCAUUGCGGGAUGUUUUGAAUGAUACAAUAUCAUAUCCCGAUGGCACUUUUAUGGAUUUGGAAUUCAAGGUAUCAGUCAUGUAUGACAUUGCAAAGGGUAUGUCAUAUCUACAUUCAAGCCAUGUAGAAGUGCAUGGGAAUCUGAAAUCUACGAAUUGCGUGGUAGACAAUCGGAUGGUGGUGAAAAUUACCGAAUUUGGGUUUAAUACCAUUGUUAUGCCACAGAAAGGUCUGUGGACAGCUCCUGAGCACCUGCGGAACGAGGGAAUAUCUCAGAAAGGUGACACGUAUAGUUACGGGAUCAUAGGUCAGGAGAUCAUCUAUCGAAAGGAUACCUUCUAUACUCAAGCAUGUAGUGAUCCUGCAGAGAAGUUGAAGAGGGUGAUGAUGGCAAAUGAAUCCACACCACUUCGCCCCAGUCUUCCUUUGGAGACCGCCACAGACCAGGAACUAGAGGUGUUCGGGCUGAUCAAGAACUGCUGGGAGGAAGAUCCAGAAAAAAGACCAGACUUCAAGAAAAUUGAGGCCACACUGGCCAAGAUAUUAAGCACGUUCCAUAGUGAGACCAACAAGAGCUACAUGGACACGCUGAUCCGCCGGCUUCAGAUGUACUCAAAGAAUCUGGAGCACCUGGUGGAAGAGAGAACUGUCCUGUACAAAGCUGAACGCGACAGAGCAGAUCAACUGAACUACAUGCUGUUACCUAAGCCUGUAGUGAUAUCACUGAAGACAACUGGCCGGGUAGAGUCUGAGCUUUUUGAAGAAGUGACCAUCUACUUCAGUGACAUUGUGGGGUUCACUACCAUCUGUAAGUUCAGCACUCCCAUGGAAGUGGUCGACAUGUUAAAUGACAUGUACAAGAAUUUUGAUCAAAUCCUCGACAAUCACGAUGUUUAUAAGGUGGAGACUAUCGGAGAUGCCUAUAUGGUGGCAUCAGGUUUGCCAAAGCGGAAUGGAAACAGACACGCAGUUGACAUCACCCGCAUGGCACUGGAUAUUUUAAACUUCAUGGGGUCAUUUGAGCUGGCUCACCUUCCUAGCCUCCCUAUAUGGAUUCGGAUAGGUAUUCACUCAGGUCCUUGUGCUGCGGGUGUGGUGGGGACCAAGAUGCCACGUUAUUGCCUAUUUGGGGAUGUGGUCAACACAGCUUCGCGUAUGGAGUCCACAGGAUUACCAUUAAGAAUUCACGUUAACCAAUCGACGAUCAAUAUACUGAAGAGGACAAGGUGUAAAUUUGAAUAUGAAGUCCGGGGAGAGACCUAUCUGAAGGGAAGAGGAACUGAAGUCACCUAUUGGCUCACGGGGGAAACAGACCGCAAUUUUAGGCUGCCAGCGCCCCCCUCAGCGGAAAACUUGCAACGACUUCAGGCUGACUUUGCUGAGAUGAUUAUCAAAUCCCUUGAGAAGCGGAGAGCGACUGAGUACAAGACAGUAACUAAAGAGGAACUCGAAUAUCUGCAGCUUGGCUCCACAGAGUUACUCAGCACAUACCUGUAG